UUUGUUCGUUGACCUGCGCCCGCGCACCAGAGCGCACCGGCUGCGUCGAAUCCGCAGAUUUGUACGCGUUUAUCCCAAAAAAACAGUUUUUAUUUCUUUUGUGACUCACUCCAGUUCCACCUUCAAAGUCAGCGGUUCGUGUUCGUGAGGUUUCAAGUCUUUCAAUAUUUCAGUGACCCAGAUUGCACCACUUAAUUUACUUCUAGACCGGUGCCAUAAUGAUGGUUCCUCAUGUGGUUGGUGUGUUUUGCCUUGUGAUGAUAAGUGGGUUCUGGCCACGAGCACAGGCGGAACUGUUCACUGCCAUAGCCGAAGUAGAGCCCUUGCUGCAGACACACAAGAGAAUCAUCGAUGAUUUAGACGAUUACAUCGCGAAAGAAGAGAGAAGAAUAAUCAUUUUGAAGAAGCAUUUAAAUACAUAUAAGAAAGAACAUGAGAAGGCGAUGGAAGAUAUUCCCAACUACUUGGGUAACCCGAUCAACGCAUUUACUCUAAUUAAAAGACUGACUACAGAUUUAGAUGAUAUAGAACAAAGUAUCAAGAUAGGAACUGAAUACAUAAAGAACAUAACAAUGACACACGACGACGUGAAGUACCCCACAUUGGAGGAUCUCGCCGGCGCUGCGCAUGCGCUGACCAGGCUGCAGAACACGUACCAACUGAAGGUCAAUGAACUCGCCGAGGGAGUUCUAAAUGGGGUUAUGUACAGUACUCCAAUGUCCGCGGGCGACUGCUACGAGCUGGGCCGAUCUCUGUACAACGACAAGGACUUCAAGAACGCCCUAGCGUGGAUGACUGAGGCUCUCCACAAGUAUAGGGAGGAGAACAACGAGGCCUAUUCUUUCAGUGAAGUCGAUAUCCUGGAGUAUAUCAGCUUCGCGCACUUUUUAUUAGAUGACGUCCAUAGCGCCAUGGAGUGGACCAAGAAGCUUCUAGCCCUGGAUCCGAAGCACGUGCGCGCCCGGGGCAACAUACCCCACUAUCAGAAGCUUAUUGAUGAAGAGAAUGAGCGAUUGAAGAAAAAACGUCGUGGGGAAACCGGGGACUCGGAAGGAGAGUCCAAGCCCGUGAAUGUAUUGUCAACGUAUGCUAAGGAACGGAAAACCUAUGAAGCAUUGUGUCGCGGCGAGAUGGAAAUCCCCAACGAAAUCGCCAAGAGGUUGACCUGUCGCUAUCUCACCGAGAAUCACCCAUACCUGAAACUAGCACCAAUCAAGAGUGAGCAGCGGUACAUUGACCCCGACGUAUAUGUCUUCUAUGACGUCAUCAGUGAUAGUGAAAUCGAAUAUAUACAAGAGUUGGCUAAACCGAGGUUCAAACGCGCAGUGGUCCACGAUCCGAAGACAGGCGAGCUGGUGCCAGCGCAUUACAGGAUAAGCAAGUCAGCGUGGUUGCGGGACGAGGAGUCGUCAGUGAUAGCGCGCGUGUCACAGCGUGUGUCCGACUUCACCGGGCUGAACAUGAUCUCCGCGGAGGAGCUGCAAGUCGUCAACUACGGCAUAGGAGGCCAUUACGAACCGCAUUAUGACUUCGCUCGUAAGCAGGAGAAUGCCUUUACAAGAUUCAACGGUAACAGAAUUGCAACCGUAUUGUUUUAUAUGUCGGAAGUAGCGCAGGGCGGCGCGACAGUGUUCACGGAGCUAGGUCUCAGCGUAUUCCCCAUCAAGAACGCAGCUCUUUACUGGAUGAACCUGCAUCCUUCCGGAGAAGGGGACCUCUCCACACGACACGCCGCUUGUCCCGUACUGCGGGGCUCUAAGUGGGUAUCAAACAAGUGGAUCCACCAAGGCGGUCAAGAGUUCAUCAAGCCAUGUAACCUGGAGUACCAGGAGGAGUCGAUGAUCCGUAAGAUACCGCACCCGGUCCCCAAGUCCUUCAGAUAGAAGCUAUACCGCUACUGCGCCCUGUGGACCUAAUACCCUGGUGAGACACAUUUGGUCAUAAGUAGGCAUGAACAGAACGAUAGAAAGCAGUAGAAGGAUUUGUUCCUAUUCAGAUUAAGAGAUUGUGCGAUGAUUUUUGUGGCACUUUAUUUUACAUUCGCCUUCCAAUGAUAAAUUACAAAAAAAUAUACGUAUUCACCUAUGCUAAGCUUUAAAAAAAGUUGUACCACCAUUUUUGGAAACGAAUAGUUUAGUUUGAACGAUCGUUAAUGCAAAAGAAAACUUACAGAAAAAUCACCCAUCAAUCUCAUUCUAAAUAAUCAACUGGCUAUAUGAAACGAACGGAAAGACGCCGGUGUCAUGUCGCCGCUUCACUGCUCGCUGUGCAGUACACGGCCUAUCCAUGCAAGUUGAGUAGUUAUAAGUACCUGUCAAGGUUGUAUACCGUGAAUUACGCCAGCUUUGCCACCUGGGAUCUGUUUAAUAAAACUUACAAUUGUAAAUUACAAUGACAAUUUUAUGUACAUUGCGGAGUUAGUGAUCACAAGUAUUUUGCAGUUUCAUAUUAGCUACGUAAUGAAUACUAAAUUGUCGUUGUAAUUACAAUUGUAAAGUUUUAUGAAACAGGCCCCUGGUAACUUACCCCAAAAACGAUUAUAUACACUAGGAGGGCUAAAAAGAGCACAUUUUAUAUGCGCAAAUGUCAAAUAGUAAUUGCUAUUUUAGAUGAAUUGCUUCGAUGUGACCUUCUGACCCCCUGAACUCCAUAUGAUAUCACAAAUACUUAAUACUUAUCACAUAUAAAGUGAAAGCGACCAAUCAAAGGAACAAAGUUACCACGAGUGGCAAAGUUGGCGUAUUUUACAGGUCCUAGUGAAAUAUCCAGUUGAUUGACAAGAAUUAUAACUAUAGUAUAUCUACUAUAAGUUGAUAUGCAUACUAGUGGUCAUAGUUGCUGUUCCUUAGUAAGAUCGGCAGGGCUACAACAUGUCGUCAGAAAACAUCAUGCAGCUAGUCUUGAAAUAAAGUAACAUUAGUGAAAUUCAAACCAAUCAAUCAGGGUUGAUUAGGUUGGUACUCCACCUCAUAACCCACACCAUAGAAGAACUUCUAAAAAGUCCAAUCCAAUUAUGACUAUGACUCAUAAUAUCACAAAGGUAUUGGUGCUGAUUCCAGUUAUAUCUGUUAUUUUCUUAUUCGACGAAAAGGAAAGGUACAAGUAAUCGACAAGCAUAAAAAUGGAACAUUCGACAUAAUUACGUUAACAGCACACGGCAAACGGUUUGCAUACCAUGGAGAUACCUAUUUGAUUCGCCCGGGCUAUUCAUUCAUUCAUUUUAAAAUUAACAGUUGUCUGUUAUCCGUCCCUUUCCUUUUCGGUGGAUAAGAAAAUGACAGCUAUAACUUAAAUAAAAUUAGGAGGUAUCUGCAGGAAUCCCGGCCAUUGCCAAUUUAUAACAGACGCCCUGACUAUCCAGUAAGAUAUGUAUCUCAUCGAAGACUGCCAUAAUCGCCCAGUGACAGUGUUUAAUAUUGUAAUCUAUGUUUUAUUAAACGAAUUUGAAGAGUAUUGAAUGUAAUGCACUGGCUGGAUAUCGAAAAUAUUCAAAUAUAAAAAAUAAGAAAAAAAGAAAUAAGUACAAUACUGAUCCAUCUCUAUGAUCGAUUUGCCUGCUCCUUCUCGGAGCAAAUUCAACAAAAAAAAUCUCUAUGAUCGAAACGUAAACUAAUUUAAAAUAAUAAUUUAAUAUAUAAUAAAUAAUAAUUUAAAACAAGAACGUAAGUUAGGAUCACGUUCAUAAUUUGAUGAACUCUACGAGUAAAUAUUUCUUUGAAUGUUUUCGACUUUGAAACCUGAAUAUAAAAAGAACUUACCAAAGAUACAUUUUGUAAUCGACAGCUACUGGCUGGCUAUUGAACAUUGAUCAUAAUGUUUAUGGAUCAUAUCUAUACAUUAGUAACUUCUUAUAACAUAUCUUAACUACACUCCUCAAAGUUGUCACAAAUGUUAGAUUAGGUAUUAAAAUAAAAAUAUAAAAAUACUGACAAUUCUUGCCUAAACAUGACAUUAAGGAAUAAAUUAAUUAAAAUUUUUAAUAUAUUUACUUAGAUUGACUAAACUAACUAGAGGCUUCUGAGAAAAUAAUUUUAAUUUUAAAAUUAUAUUUUAUUAACGAGAAAGCUACUACAAUAAAAUUGGAAAAAGGUUUUAUGAACAUUUAUGAAUAAUAAAAUAAUUUUAAAAAUAGUGUGUUACAAAUAAAGUUUCAUUUCCAUAAUACUAAUAAAUAAAAAUAAAAUAACAAAUAACAUACAAGAAGAAGGACAUACAUUUAAGAAGAUAACAAACAGACGAAGCCAUACGAUUUGCAUUUAGUUAUUCUAUAAAAUGUUUCUUAGGUAUUAUUUUAGAUUACAUCAAAAUCCUAUUUUAUUCGCUCAUUGUAAUAUACAAUUAAAAAAAAAAUAGGUAGUGCAGUGAAAUGCAUUCUUCAUUUGAAAAUAAUAAUUAUAUAAUAAUAUUUUUUACAAAUGUAUAAUCUCGUUUACUUUAUUUUUAUAAUUAAUAAUUCAAGUGAUCUAACUCGCAAGAGAUGUAGGUACUUACCCAAACAAUUAUUUUUAUUAUAAUCCAGUUCAAAUUAUCCAUAUUAUGUACGUUUUAUAUACGAUGAAGUGAUAGUUGGUAGAAAAAAUCUCAUAGAUUAAUAAGAAAGCAAUAUGUAUUAGAUAUUUUUUAUGUACUAGAAACUGAGGAACAUCCAUGUUCAUUAUAAUUACUUUGUAUACGUUGACGAAUCAAUUGAUUUUAUCUUAUAUUUAUUUUCAUAUAAGUACUUUGAAUAUAUUAUGUAACAUAUUUGUAUGAAAUGUAGCAUACUCUGCCAAUCUAUUCACUGGGUUGAUAGAAAUACAUUCCUUUGAAUUAUUCAUAUAACAAUGGUCGAUCGCUAAUUAAUGACCGCUGGUCCCGAUGUACGCGUCUACAUAGUCAAUAUUUUCUAAAUUAUCACGAUUUAAUACGUUUCUCCACAACCAUAGUGGAUCAGUGUGGCAGUGUACGCUCCUAACCACGUUCAGGAUGUUGAAAGUCUAUAAUGCGUUCUAUACUCUAUGGUAAUCGUUUGUAGCAAACGAUCAAGUUUUAAAUUAAACUGAAACAUUUUAUCAAUUUACUAAAUGGAUGUUUAUAUUAAAAAUAUGUUUAAGUAAUCGGAAUUAUUUUGUUGUCUUGACAAUGUUCAAUGAUCAAAUACUAUUGAUGUAUUAUGUGUACAAACUUUUUUAUUAUAAGUAAUAUACAAUUUGAAAAAAAUAUUGAGUUUACAUGUUUAGUAUAAAUAAAUAUUAUUAUUAUGUGAUUUAGUAAAAGAAACAUAAUGUACUUACAUCGCUGUGGUUUCUUCAUAAAUCUUCAGUAUCGUAGUGAGGAGAGCAAUUUAAGACAACAAAAACGUUACAUAUAGAAUUAGACGUAUACUGUACAUAA